UUUUCCUCAGGCUGAGAAAUCACUUUACACGAUGAAUCCAGUGACUGAAACUCCAGAGUCCCAAGUCAAUGGAAUGACAACCACUACUGUACCUCCUGGCUCUGCCCUUAAGGCCAAGAGUAGACCAAGGAAAGCUCCUGAACUUCAGACAGUAGAGAGACGAAACUGGCUAAUUCACUUGCAUUAUGUGAGGAAGGAAUUUGACCUUUGCAAACAUCUGAUCCGGGAGCAGCUGGAGGAGACUCGUGGAAUGUGCGAGUAUGCUAACUAUGUACAGGGCUUGAUACUGAGACAAGAAGGAAAGAUCCAGGAGUCAUUUGAGCUGUUUCAGUUGUGCAACAUCCUCAACCCCAGCAGUGUUGAGAAUAUCAAGCAGAUGGCUCGAGCUUUAUUUCUUCUGGGACGGCAUAAACUGGCUGUGGAGGCCUAUCUACAAGCUGAGGAUAAAUUGGAUAAGCCUGACUGGGAACUUCACCAUAAUUUAGGAGUAUGCUACUUGCACUUAAAAGAUUAUGAUGGAUCAAGAGAACAGCUCAUGUUUGCUCUGGAACAAAAUAAACACCACCAGACCUUUGCAGUGCUUGCCAAGCUCUACCUCCUGGUGAAUGACGUUUCUUCUGCUAUCAGUACUUAUCGAGCUGCCAUCGAGUGAGUCUUUUUGUUGUCCCAGCAUUAUAUGUUGUAAAAUCUUAUGUCAGAGUUUCAUAUUGUAAUAAUUGCUGUCACUACUAAGUAAGAGGUAGCAAGAACUGCUAGAAAUGUUUGCUAGUGUAAAAAACAAUGAUUGGAAUACUCUUGAAAUGGUGAUAUGUUGCAUCAAUGUGCAGGAGAGGGUUGUUUGUAGGAGGGUGGGUGCAACAUGGAGAGAAAAAUUAUUGGUGGAAUGAUGAUGAAAAUGAUCAUUAAAAAGGAACAAUUGAAUAGAAUAGGUUUUUUUCAGAGGUAAAAUUGAAUCAUGAAAGGUAAAUUAAAUGGAAGAGAUGGGAGGCUGAAGAAGGUGCAAAAACAAAACAAAUGAAAGAAUGGAUGAGACACAGUUUUUGUUAUUGGAGGUUUUAAGGGUCACCACAGCUUAAGCUACAUUGAGCAUUACUUCCUGGGAGUCCAAGGAAAAUAUUACUCAAAUCUGGGUAGGAAUUGGGAGGGAGGAAAGUUUUUCCUAACAAACAGUUGGAUUAGUAUAUUCCCAUUUAGGUCUGGAGUAUCCCUUUAAUCACCAGCAGGAGCUAGAUGCUCACACUCUCCCACCUGAGUCAGCACAGCAGGCUUUCCCUCAACCUAGAAGUAGUUGAUGUAUGGUGCCCCUGACCAAUUGCCCAGCAUGUUGUGUUUGAUGAAGACAAGCAUCCAUGGAGAAAACAGCAAAAAUUU